AUGACAGCGGCCACGGCAACGCCACAGCAGAUGAGAGACCGGCUGAUGCAGGCCAUCGAUGGCCAAAGCAAUGUGAGUUAAUGUUUCCACGUAUUUGAAGUGUCUCUGUCCACACUAUUGCAAUGAUCCCCUACUGUGAAAUCUCAUGACAAACAUCGACAGCGAACAUUAGCUAGCUAACUAACUUAGCUAACGUCGUUAUCUGAGCCAGUGCAGUGGUAGUUAACGACGCGGUAGGUAGCUAGCCAGCCAUGCUAACUAAUGUUAUCUAGCUGGAAGCCUGCCUGUUAGAUAAACAAAGUAAAUACUAGGAAUUUAGUAACUAGGCAACAAUAGUUAAUUAACUAUGUAGUAGUUAGCUAGCUAACGUACGGUUACAUAAACCCACGAGUCUGGACUGACCCCAAACAUGUUAACGUAUUCUGUUCUCAACCUGUCUGUUGUUCUAUGCUAGUUAACUAGCUACCUGCCUGUCAUUUAGCUAACUACUGUACCUAACUUUGCUAGCUAAAGUUGACAUUCGAAACUUAACCUUAUCAAACUAGCUAGUUAUUCUGUUGCGUUGCCACUUAGCUAGGACUGUUGUAGCUAACUAAACCAGAGUUCGACUUUGCCAUUACUUUAGCUAGGCCCAAUCACUGUAGCUAGCUAGCCAGCAAACUGGAAGGAUGAUCUUACCUCUCAAAACCCAGCACCAACGUCAGCAGUGUUUUGGAAAUUAGUAGCCAGCAGAUCCGACCCGCUUGCUGGCAGCUGCACUAGUGUCGGACAGGCUUCCUGUGUAGAUUAUCACAGCGGAGCCGGCGCGAGAUAUGGAUCGGAAAACGUACCUCAUCCAGGGAUGAGAAAUGCGUUGUACUCCGAAUAGUGCCAUUAUCCCAACUGUAACACUGAGAAGAUUGAACGCCUACUAGUUUAAGUUUUAUCGGAAAACUGUCCUUUUCAUCCUCGUGUUAGGUAGAAGAAGCCACAACAGCCAUUUUGGAAUGGCAGUGUCAGCCAAUCAGCUCUUUUGUUGUUCAAUGUGAAUGCCAUUCCAUAAUGGCUGCUGUGGCUACUGGUUGCUAACAUGGGGCCAUCUGACACAAAGGCACAACAACUUUCAUUAUAUGUGAUUAACAAUGUUUUCUCUUGAAUUAAAUGGCUGAGGCAACCAAAAGUGUUAAACUCUUGAAGAAGUGACAACACAGUACAAGGACACUUGCUUUCCUCCAAGUCUGUUGGUCAAGGUGCACUCUUUCUAGCCUACAGUCUGUACCUGUCAUCAUAGGCAUACUUAGCCCUUGAUCAUGACUCUCAGUUCCAUUACAUUACACUAGUGUUGCCAACUCCUCAGUAAGGAAAGUAGCUAUUGGCUAGAAGUCGCUAAAUGACGUCAUCGCCUAAUUUGCAUAAUUGGCCAUGUGCAUGUAAUUGUGAUGGACGCUGUAGGAGAGCGGAAUAACGUUGUGGGAGAGACAAAAAGUGAGUAAAAAAACACCCUAAAUAUGUUUAGAACUACAACAAGUCACAGUAAAACAUGAACAUUUUUAACCAUAACAUUUAAAACAUUUUUUUUGUAUACAAUCUACAUUAACAAUCUAAAUAGACCAAAAAGAGACAAUAGAAAAAACUGUCAAUGACAAUGUGAGAAAAUGAUGGUAACUAGUCUUGCCCUAAUUCAGGUUGAUUGUUUUUUUUUCUUCCAAAACCCCCUCCACACACACACAGGCUGUGCUGGCUCACAGAAAGAGUGGGUCAUCGUCAUUUUGGUCAAGGCUCUCUAUGGCAGGUUCAGCAACUGAGGGAGCUGACUUAAAUGAGUAAGCAGCUGAUGUGCCAAAAAACUGCAAAACAUUAUCAGGCAGCUGUUGCUCAUAGCAAGCCUCACCAGACAGCUUCAGUCCAUAUCGAAUGUACAGGAUGGAGUUAAGGGUCUGCAAGGACAUCCGAUUUCUAAGUUUGCUUUUUAUCACACUCAUCUGGCUGAAAACUCUCUCGACUUCAGCAAUCGAGUGUGGUAAGGACAACAAAGACACAGCAGCCAUGGCAAGUUCUUGAAACGGGUUGAUAUCAGCUGCAUCCCUGAACUUCCAAAUCUCACUCCAGAAGCAUAGUGUGUUUUUUGUCUCAUUCCAUUUACUAAGAUGGAUGGCACGCCAUUGCUGGACAAUCUUGUCUAUCUCUGCAGGGGAGUAGCCAAGGAGCUUGGCUAUUUUUUUCUAUUUCUUAUUGUGCUUUAGAGUUUCCUCCACAUUGAAAACUGACAUGUACUGCAAUGCUUCGAUGUUGUCCGGCAGUCUCACCCUCAACUCAUUAGUGAGGGAGAUGGUGAAGGCUACACACCGCUUUCGGACAUUGUUUUCAUUCUCAGGCGCAAGGUGGAGCUCAGCUGCCUUUGACUCAAAAAGGUAACCAAGGUACGGUUUGGGACUGAUUUAUCCAUCUAUUGGCCCUUUGAGUACAUCAACAUUUGCCAGUGGAUUCAGCACCCUGCUGCUCACAGACUUGAUCAGGCUAACCAAGCUGUCAAGUAGCUUAAGAGUAUCUACUUGCUCUCCCUCAAAAGCCUUGAUGGCCAACUGUACCUCACCCAGCACUGACUUCAAAAAAGUCAGAUACAAUAUGUUUUGAGGAUCACUGUACAUGGAGUAUAAAACCUCAUCCAUGUAGCAGUGUUCACUGGACUUGGUGACUGUGAAAUCCAGCCUAACCUCCUCCCACUGGUCUAAAAUGCAUGAAACUGCAGGUUCAAUGGAGAGCCAACGUGUGGCACACACCUUGGUUAUCUGUAAAGGUUUCUCCCCACAGUUGGUCUCAUAUAUGGCCUUGUAGGCCUCCCUGCGCUUUGGAGACACUGAAAACCAGUUAUAAGUCUCUUGUACCAAGUACUCCACACUACAGGGGAUGGUGUCAUUGGAAGCAUAACUUACAGCAAGCUGCAGAGAGUGGCACACACAGCGAAUAAGAACCAGAUCUUUGAGGCCAUACUCCUCCUUCAGCACUUUAUGGACCCCAUUGUUAAUCCCCGUCAUAACAGAGGCAUUGUCAGUCCAUAUCCCCAGGAGUUUCUCUUUUUUAAGACAACACUUUGAGGAAAGCCACAACAGCACAGGCUAUAGAUUUGGCAUCUCCUCCCUCCAACUCAACAAGCCCCAGAAAUGUUGAUACAAUUGUCUGCUUGGUGUCACUAAAGUACCUUAUCACAACCCCCAGGUACUUAGAAACACUUACAUCCGUGGACUCAUCGAGGAGGAGGCUGAAAUGCUGGUCACCCACAUCUGCGACCAACUUUUUCAGAAAGUAUGGUGCUAGGACACCAUUAAGGUAGCAGCAGUGGAGUCUGAGAAAACAGCUCUACAUGCUUCUCCAAUGUGAUCACAUGCCAGCAUGGAACAGUGUUCAGCGAUAGCUAAUGCCAUGGUGGCCUCAGCCUUUUUUGCAGAGUAAAUUUUUUAAACCAUAAAUGGCAGCCUUUUUUGGGUGGAACUGUUAAGGCUUUGUGUUUUUUUUUACAUCACUAAGUAAGGAGUAGAAAUCAGCCUUACAAUACAGGCAGUAUGUCCGUGUAUCAUCUCCAAUAAACGGCUUCAACCAGCCUUUGAAUUCAGGGUUUGAUUCCCACUUCUUUCUGUAUUUUUGAGUGUACAGUUUAGACUGGUACAUGAUGAGCUAGCCAGCUAGAUGUUUAGCUUAUGUCACAGAGAGGCACACACACAGUGGACGAGGUGAGUAAGUGACUGAGGCUGUGUGAGUCAAAUGCAGUGAUUUAUUUUAGACAAAGAACAUUUUACAUUUACAUCCCGCCCUGAAUGUAAGCCAGGGCGGGAUCAGCCAGCGGCGGCUUCCCACAUGCGCGAUUAAUUUGCAGUCUGGACGCGGAGGGGUGAACAUCUCCUGCUCUGACUGCAGCUGGGAGGGACUGCUGUGCGAGGACUGGGCUGCCUGUGAGUGCUUUGGGACGGGGGUGGGGCCCACGGCAGCACACGCUGCUCGUUGAGAAGAGUAAGAACGAUACGUACUUUCACGUCAGUCUCAAGUCUCCAAUAACACCAGAAAAAGUAGCUCGAUUUGUCACUAGUCGAUGUUUUGAAAAUGUGUCGCUAGAAUACUCGCUAAAUAUAGCGACAAAAUCGCUAAGUUGGCAACACUGCAUUAUACGUCAUUGGACGAAGGUUUCUUCUGUACGGGGGAGUUUUGUUAAGAGCUCUGACGCUCUGUCUGAACAUUAACACACAUCACUUGCGUUACGGUAUUGGAAGCAUAAGGACGUUAUCUUUCAUAUCAGCAAAAGAAGGUUCAAUUGAUACAUACCUUUUUAUAGGGUUAGGGUUCCCACACGGCCAUAUUUCCAUGUUACAGCGCUUGUUUACGGAAAACAGACGGAAGACCGAGUGGACUAUCUAAGCUAAUUAGCUAUCAGCGUCUCCAAACACCUGUGUGUAAACGGAAGGCGAACGCCACAAACGUGUUGUCACUGGAAAACACUGUCAGCUGCAACUGUUAAAACCGGUUAAAACAGUGUAUAGGAGUGUGUAUUUUGAAUUUCUGAAAUAAUUAUGUGAUAUGAGAGGGAUUUAUGUUUCUAGAACCGUACCUCAAUUGAGAAUCGAUUCACGUUUAGAUUGAGUUUUUGGCUUUCAGAGCCAAUUCGCCUUUAAACAGAACAUCCUUGGAGUAUAAUGAGUAACGUUAGGCUCCUUUGGUCCAUUAUUGGGCUAAGGCCCUCCAACUCAACACUGGACCUCGAAGCCAGUUCCACUGCAUUCUUUAAUUGUUCCCCUCUAAUCAGGGACUGAUGUGUGCAAUUCAUUAUCAGGUAUAUCAGAAAACCAGCAGGCACCGGACCUCGUCGGGUAAGAGUUGAGUACCCCUGGGCUAAGGCAUACACUGCUGAAAAUAACCUUUAAUCUCUGCCACUGCUUACAGCAUAAUUCAUUGAUCCAAUUCAGAGCACAGAUUUGAUCUGGGUUGUUUUAUAUAAUACCGUAUUAACAAUUUUAGUUGAACAUGAACAUAUCUGGAACAAACCCCUCUUAUUGUUGAGCCAAGUUUGUUGAAUAAACCUAGCCUGUCUGUUUUAGUGGAUUGGGUUUAGCCUAAUGCAUUACUGGUUUGAGUAGAAUGGUUAACAAAUUGCAUGUACAGUUGAAGUCGGAAGUUUACAUACACUUAUGUUGGAGUCAUUAAAACUUGUUUUUCAACAACUCCUCAAAUUUCUUGUUAACAAACUAUAGUUUUGGCAAGUCGGUUAGGACAUCUACUUUGUGCAUGACACAAGUAAUUUUUCCAACAAUUGUUUACAGACAGAUUAUUUCACUUAUAAUUCACUGUAUCACAAAUCCAGUGGGUCAGAAGUUUACAUACACUAAGUUGACUGUGCCUUUAAACAGCUUGGAAAAUUCCAGAAAAUGAUGUCAUGGCUUCAGAAGCUUCUGAUAGGCUAAUUGACAUAAUUUGAGUCAAUUGGAGGUGUACCUGUGGAUGUAUUUCAAGGCCUACCUUCAAACUCAGUGCCUCUUUGCUUGACAUCAUGGGAAAAUCAAAAGAAAUCAGGCAAGACCUCAGUUUUUUUUUUUUUUUUUUUGUAGACCUCCACAAGUCUGGUUCAUCCUUGGGAGCAAUUUCCAAACACCUGAAGGUACCACGUUCAUCUGUACAAACAAUAGUAGGCAAGUAUAAACACCAUGAGGCCACGCAGCCGUCAUACCGCUCAGGAAGGAGACAGGUUCUGUCUCCUAGAGAUUAACGUAUUUUGGUGCGAAAAGUGCAAAUCAAUCCCAGAACAACAGCAAAGGACCUUGUGAAGAUGCUGGAGGAAACGGGUACAAAAGUAUCUAUAUCCACAGUAAAACAAGUCCUAUAUCGACAUAACCUGAAAGGCCGCUCAGCAAAGAAGAAGCCACUGCUCCAAAACCGGCAUAAAAAAGUCUGAUGAAACAAAAAUAGAACUGUUUGGCCAUAAUAACCAUUGUUAUGUUUGGAGGAAAAAGGGGGUGCCUUGCAAGCCAAAGAACACCAUCCCAACCGUGAAGCACGGGGUUGGCAGCAUCAUGCUGUGGGGGUGCUUUGCUGCAGGAGGGACUGGUUCACUUCACAAAAUAGAUGGCAUCAUGAGGAAGGAAAAUUGUGGAUAUAUUGAAGCAACAUCUCAAGACAUCAGUCAGGAAGUUAAAGCUUGGUCGCAAAUGGGUCUUCCAAAUGGACAAUGACCCCAAGCAUACUUCCAAAGUUGUGGCAAAAUGGCUUAAGGACAACAAAGUCAAGGUAUUGGAGUGGCCUUCACAAAGCCCUGACCUCAAUCCUAUAGAAAAUGUGUGGACAGAACUGAAAAAGUGUGUGCGAGCAAGGAGGCCUACAAACCUGACUCAGUUACACCAGCUCUGUCAGGAGAAAUGGGCCAAAAUUCACCCAACUUAUUGUGGGAAGCUUGUGGAAGGCUACCCGAAACGUUUGACCCAAGUUAAACAAUUUAAAGGCAAUGCUAUCAAAUAUUAAUUGAGUGUAUGUAAACUUCUGACCCACUGGGAAUGUGAUGAAAGAAAUAAAAGCUGAAAUAAAUCACUACUAUUAUUCUGACAUUUUCACAUUCUUAAAAUAAAGUGGUGAUCCUAACUGACCUAAGACAGGGAAUUUUUACUAGGAUUAAAUGUCAGGAAUUGUGAAAAACUGAGUUUAAAUGUAUUUGGCUAAGGUGUAUGUAAACUUCCAACAUCAACUGUAUAUUCUUAGUUUCUAAAUCUCAAACUCGAAACUGCUUUCGGUUUAAGCCCCCGGUAUAUGAUACAGGUGUACAUCUGAAAGUGGUGUCUAUGCGAGACUAGUGGGCUAAACAUCAGUAUCUAACUACUCUUGUAUAUUGUUUUUUGAGAGAAGGGUAUGUUAUUAAAGCUAAACAAAUUGUCAAGGAAAGGGGAACUACCAAGAAGCUAUCCAAAGAGGCUCAUUCUAUAAAUAAGUUAGCUAAAGGUAUUUGAGUCCUGCUGCCUGCAGACAACAUGACCUGUUGGCGAAAGUUAUUUAUAUUCAUACCGUCGGUACCCAUAGGUCAGUAAGUGGCUGUAGUGUGAACCAUACAUCCAUUGAACCGUUAGGCCUAUUCAUGUAAACCACUGACUAUGGCUGUCAGUGUGGGUUUUUUAAUCCAAUGGUUCAAUUAUUUGAAUGUAUUGUUCUGAGUGAAGAGAAUUCAUGCUCAGAGCCUUGGUUUUAUCUGCAAAACAGAAGUGGCGUAAUUGAAGUUCAUAUUCUACAAUCUGGCCCCUACCAGAUUUGAUUGAAUUGUUGUAUACACUCAUCUGUCAUUAUAAAUUAAUUGAGUUUCUCUGACCAUUUGUCUCUUUCAUAGUUUUAACAUGAUUUGUUCUUUACUCUCCAGCAGAUCUGCAACAUGGUGGCUGUAAUGGAUGUCAUUUCCUAUUUGGAGAAAUAUCCAAUCACCAAAGAAGCACUUGAGGUAGGUAAUGCUGGGGACAAAAAUGGAUAUGUCAGCUCUUGGAAAUAUGUUGCCAAGAGGGUGUUGUACUAAAAAAAAACUUCCUGUUCUUCUUCAAGGAAACCCGCCUUGGCAAGCUGAUCAACGACGUAAGGAAAAAGACAAAGGAUGAGGAUCUUGCCAAGCGUGCAAAGAAGCUCCUGCGCACCUGGCAGAAGCUGAUUGAGCCUGGGCAGAGUGAGGCACGGUCCAAGGGGCAUAGAGGGCCGCCAGGCGCUGUCAACGGUGGUACCAAUCCCUGCCGGACGGAUGUCUCCCCUCCAGCUGCCAUCCCGCCUUCGGAUAAAACGGUUUCGGAGCUCAAGAGUAGAAAUGACUUCAACAACUGUUACUCCCCUAAAGCGGAAAAGUCAGGCAACAGAAAAUGCAAGGGGGAGCAGAGGGAUGGACAGCACUUACCAGCGAAAAUCUCUAAAAAAACUGCCAAUGAAAGAACACGAAACUCACGGCUGCCAAUAAAUGGAAUUGGGGCCAGCCCCAAGGCUUUUACGGACACACUUGAUGCUCAUGCACAUCCAAAAUCAGACAAUGAUAGUGCUGAUCAUCUUGACAACGACAGACUCAACAAAAUUCCCAUCAACGCCGUCAAACCUCACCCUAGCUCACCGGGACUUGCCAAACCUCCAAGCACUUCCGCAUUGCUCAAAACAGCCGUGUUGCAACAGCAAGCUAAAAUGGACCUGGCUGCCUCAGGAAGGGGGCCGCAUCAGCCCAAAAGCCCACAUAGCAACUCGUAUAGUCCCAGAAGUACGAAACAGGACGUGGUUGUUAAACUGUCUGCGCCCAAAGCAACAACUCUACUGAGCACGGCUCAGAGCCCCACGGUUAUGGACAGCUCUGGACUUGGGCCCUCUCCUUUGCCUUCUCCACAGCCUUUAACCUCAUGUAUCCAGGGUUCCCUCACUGUAGGGCCUCCGUCUGCAGAGUCCGCCCUUCAUCAGGACGGACCGGCAGACGUGGACCAACGCCUUCAGCACAGUACCAUGAGACCUGACUCUCUGCACAACUCAAAAGCCACGUCACACAGCGAGGUGAAGGCGGAGGGCUAUGGUGCUGCCACUAGCACAGUGAGAAAGAGGAGGAACAAAUACAGGUCCAGAGACUAUACAGUGAACUUGGGUGGGCAGCCCACGGAAGAGAGCACAAAACCAUGUAGAUUAAAAGACCGUAGACUUACGUUUGACCCUGUAACAGGGCAGAUCAAAUCCUGGACCCACAAAGAGUCUUACCCGGAACGGGAGGCUACAGUGUGGCCGGUCACGCCAGAACCUCCUCGGACAGAACUGCUGAAGCAGAAUCAAUAUGCACAGAAUCCCCCUGUUAAUCCCAGUCCCUUCCAACAGACCAACUGGACAGAGCUGUCGAGGAACGAAAUCAUUCAGUCCUACCUUAACCGUCAAAGCAAUGUGCUCACAUCGUCUGGGGCUCAAACCUCCGGGGCACACUUUUUCAUGAAUGAGUACUUGAAACAUGAGGAACAUCAUAUCAAAGAGGCCAGAAAAACACAUGUGCUUGUACCAAAUAUCCCUGACAUGGAUUUACCAGGGGUGAGCCGAGAUGUCACAAACAAGGACCUCAACAGAAUACACAAAGAGCACUGGCCUGGGGUGAACGGUUGCUAUGACACCAAGGACAACUGGUAUGAUUGGACAGAGUGCAUAUCCUUAGACCCACAUGGGGAUGAGAGUAAGCUGAACAUCCUGCCAUAUGUCUGCCUAGACUGAGAGUUUAAUGAGCUGUGGUUUCAGAAUUAAGAGGGAUAUAUAGCUCCUUCCUUUGCUCCCUCCUUGAGGGUUGUGUAAAGUCGGCGUGCAAAAAGGCACUUGUCGGUAGGAGAACCUGCUCACUCCCUUGCAGAGUUGGUGUAAGAGAGGCCUUGCUAAUUGUGCUGUCUAUAAAAAGCAAUAGCUGAUCAGUGUUCGAUGGGAGACAGCUCAGCUGUAGCAUCACUGAAGUUCUUUGAGUGGAAGAGUUCCAUGCAUUGUCUGCAAAAUGCAAAGAGUUUAAGGUGCCCAGUAACUUUAAGGAACCUGUUUGGCAGGUACAAGCUGGCAAAGAGAAUGAAAUGUGUGGUUAUGUCAUGUAUGCAUUUAUUUAUCUCGACUUAUUCUCUUUAUUUUGUUAGUUACAUAAAUGUGCAAAAAAACUUUCAUCGAAGUCACUUAUUCAAUCAGUUCUGCUUGUCAGAUAUGGUAAACCUGUGCUUUGCACAUUCUCACAAAAAUGGUUGGUUAACGCAGUAGCAGCAUUCCAUACCACCAUACAACUAGAACGGUUCUUGUCUGACCACCAACUUAUCUUAGUUUACUGGGAAACAAUCUGCAAAAUUACACAAAAAUUAGUUAAUAGCAUUUUCUUUGCCUUUUUUCCCUCUUGUUUCUAGGUUGUAAAAUAUGAAUUCUAAUGGCAAACCAGAUUAUGCUAAAACAUUGCAACUUUGUACUGUGAGGAAAAACAGAAAAAUAAAUUGUUUAUAUGCUGGAAAUAUACUUGUUACCAUUCCUUUAGAUAUUGUUUGCCUUAUGGAAACCAAUGUGUUUCCUAAAAUGGAGCCUUAGUGAAUGUAUAGAAAUGUGCCUUUUGUGUUCAGUUGAAUGCAGAAGAGAACAUAUUUGAUACUUAGUC